AUGAUUGCAGCGCCGUAUGUUGCCGUUAUCCUUUUGUCAUUCCAUUGUUUAUCAUCGACCGCCUUAUUGACUCUCGUUGCAGUGCCGAGAAAGGUGGUUAUUAAUAACAAUUACAAGUACGUGAAUGUCACGGCUAACAUCAACGAGAUCGGUCCCGUGACCAACCAUACAGUCGAUGCCGAUAUACAGUUCCUUAAACAGAUCCGCAACAUUAAGGCUACAUUUCAGUAUCACCUCGUUCUCAACAAAAGCGUCGUCCCGCAAGCGUUCGUCACUCGUACGGUGGAUGUUUGUCAUUUUCUCAAACGCCCUACUUCCGAUCGGUUGUUGAAUCUGAUGUACGCACAGUUUAAAAAGAACAAUCAUCUGCCGGUGGGUUGUCCCAUACCGCCGGAUUAUUACUACAUCCGCAACUUUCGUCCUUCGACCAUCGCAAUUCCAGGCUUUUUCCCCGAAAAUGAUUUUCUUCUGAAGGAAAUUUUUUUCGGCAUAAACAACGAACCAUUGUUUACUUAUCAGUUCCACGGAAGCUUUGUGAGGAAACCGAUCGAGUGA